UAUCUGCUUCUCUUCUCGAUGAACGCAACCACAACAAACACCGAACCAAAAUCCUUUAAACCGACUCAAUCCACAAACUCCAUUUGCUUCUCUCUUCCUAUAUGCGAAAAUUCGAAGAGGAUUCUUCAUAGCGACGGUCCGGUGAAGCUCUUUCUAAUGGAGCUCAAUCAUUCCGGCAAGAUUGAUAGGAUUCUGGAAGGUUUUUCUCCGGCGUCGGCUCCUCGAAUUCAGUGGAAAUCUCGCCGGAGGUCAGCUAGCGGGAGGAAUUUAGACAAGGUAACUGAAGAUCAUGAUUCUGCUAUUAAAACUUGCGACAAACAGGAAGAAUCUCAUGGAAAUGACAAAUUAGCUCAGGACACCAACACAGUCCUCCCCGAGCUAUCGGAGCGUCGAAAGGCUCUGUUUGAGCCCUUAGAACCCGUGAAGAACAUUAAUGGCCGAAGACCAUCAGCUGAAUCCUUACUCCCUCCUCCCGAUUUUGAUGACACCAUUUAUCCACGAGGGUGGCUCAUCGGGAAGAAGCGGAAACUCGUCAAUGUCGACGUUGUCGAGAGCAUGAGGAGGAUUGCCGUUCAGGAAAUGAAUAGAAAGGACCGGGAAAUCAAUGGUCUAAACGAGCAGCUCGACGAGGAUGCUCGCUGCUUGGAGCAUCUUCAACUUCAGCUUCUGCAAGAAAAGAGCAAAAGAUCAGAAGUUGAAAGAGAAAAUGCAAUGCUGCAUGAUCAAAUAAACAUGCUAAUGAGCAUGCUAGACAAUGAAGGAGCAGAUGGUUCAGAUGAACCCUAAUAAUAUCAUCAUAUAUAUAUAUAUAUAUUCGUUUCUUUAAUAUUCUUUUUGUAGAUUAUUUGGUGUGGGGGAUAGAUUAAAUUUCAAUUAAAUUAUAUAUCCAUGAAUAUACAUGCAUCCUAGUAUUGUACUGUCAUUAUAUUGGGAUGAAAAAAAAAGUUGGGAUAGAUUAAAUUUCAAUUAAAUUAUAUAUCCAUGAAUAUACAUGCAUCCUAGUAUUGUAUUGUCAUUAUAUUGGGAUGAAAAAAAAAAAAGUUUAGUGGGUAUUAGAUAUGAAUUUAGAAUGUGAACUCUUAAGUCGACUGAAUUUUUCCAGUUGAACUACCUGGUGGUGCAGUUGUUUUUACUGUUGAUAUAUAUCUCAGUUUGUU